AUGACUUCUCGGGACCAGCUGGUGCAGCAGGUGCUGCGGGAGUUGCAGGAGGCAGUGGAGUCCGAGGGUCUGGAGGGUCUUGUGAGUGCCGCCCUCGAGGCCAAGCAUGUCCUGUCUUCCUUCACCCUCCCCACCUGCCGGGAAAGGGGGCCCAGCCUCCAGGUGCUAGAGGUGGACUCGGUGGCCCUGAGCCUGUACCCAGAGGAUGCCCCACAGAACAUGUUGCCGCUGGUGUGCAAGGGCGAGGGCAGCCUGCUGUUUGAGGCGGCCAGCAUGCUGCUGUGGGGGGACGCGGAUCUCAGCCUGGAGCUGCGGGCACGCACCGUGGUAGAGAUGCUGCUGCACAGACACUACUACCUGCAGGGCAUGAUCGACUCCAAAGUGAUGCUGCAGGCUGUGCGCUACUCCCUGUGCUCUGAGGAGUCCCCUGAGAUGACCAGCCUGCCGUCUGCCACGCUGGAGGCCAUCUUCGACGCAGAUGUCAAGGCCACCUGCUUUCCUAGCAGCUUCUCUAAUGUAUGGCACUUGUACGCCCUGGCCUCUGUCCUUCAGCACAACAUCUAUUCCAUCUACCCCAUGCGCAACCUCAAGAUCCGGCCUUACUUUAACCGUGUCAUCCGGCCCCGCCGCUGUGACCACAUGCCUUCCACGCUGCACAUCAUGUGGGCUGGCCAGCCCCUCACCAGCCGCCUCUAUCGUCACCAGUACUUUGCCCCUGUGGUGGGGCUGGAGGAGGUGGAGGCUGAAGAUGCUCCAGGCCUGGCCCUGGCCCCUCUGCCGCAGCCAGCCAAGACUCUGGAGCUGCUCAACCGGGAACCUGGCCUCAGCUACUCCCACCUCAGUGAGCGCUCCAGUGUCACCAAGAGCACCUUCUACCGCUGGCGGCGGCAGUCCCAGGAGCACCGACAGAAGGUGGCCGCACGCUUCUCGGCCAAGCACUUCCUGCAGGACAGCUUCCACCGUGGGGGCGUUGUGCCACUGCAGCAGUUUCUCCAGAGGUUCCCCGAGAUCUCCCGCUCCACCUACUACGCCUGGAAGCACGAGCUGCUGGGCUCUGGCCCCUGCCUGGCCCUGGCCCCCAAGGAAGUGCUGGCCAUGGAGAAGUUGGAGAAGCUGCCAGAGGAGCAGGUUGCCAAGGGGCUGGGGUGCUCCCUGCAGGCGGCAUCAAGCCCUGGAAUGGUCUUAAUGCAGCGGGCCAAGUUGUACCUAGAGCACUGCAUCUCCCUGAACACACUGGUGCCCUAUCGCUGCUUCAAAUGUAGGUUCCCUGGCAUCUCACGGUCCACCUACUACAACUGGCGGCGAAAGGCCCUCCGAAGGAACCCCAGCUUCAAGCCCCCACCAGCCCUCUCAGCUGCUGGGGCCCCCCAGCCAGCGUCUGAUGGGGAAGGGACCCUGCUCCCUUGGAAGGGUGAAGCGGGAGAGGGGGCAGGGAAAGCAACAGGCGGGGGGCCACCCGCCCCCCAGGAACUCCUGCCCCUGAGGAUGCCUCUGUCCCGUUGGCAGAGGCAUCUGCGUAGGUCUGCCCGCAAGCAGGUGCUGAGCGGGCACCUCCCCUUUUGUCGCUUCCGCCUCCGCUACCCUAGCCUGUCACCUUCUACCUUUUGGGUCUGGAAGAGCCUUGCCCGGGGCUGGCCCAGAGGCCUGUCCAAACUGCAGAUGCAGGCCCCCACCUUGGGCAAAGGGGGGCAGGAGGCCGAGGAGAAGAUGAAAGAAGCUGGCAGGAAUGGGACAGUUGUGACCGCCCCACCAGCGGGAGCCCUGCUGGAGGGGGCUUCUUCAGGAAAGAAUCCAGUGGAGGCCCAGGAAGGGCCUUCCAGAGAGGGGGCCAUGGCCCAGGGCCGCCCCCCCAGUGGGUCCCUGUUGAGCCACUCUGUGGUGGCGGCGGCAGGUGGCAGGGGCAGCCAGGUGCUGGUGAUGGACAUGAUUGCCACCACAAAGUUCAAGGCCCAGGCCAAGCUGUUCCUGCAGAAACGCUUCCAGUCCAAGAGCUUCCCCUCCUACAAGGAGUUCAGCGCCCUCUUCCCCCUCACUGCCCGCUCCACCUACUACAUGUGGAAGCGGGCCCUCUAUGAUGGCCUCACCCUGGUGGAUGGCUGA